AGCUGUGGACCAACCGCCGGGGCCAGAGCCGCCUGGGUGGCCAGGCCAGUGCCACGCCAUGCUGACUCUCCUGCUGAUCCUCUCGGGCCUGGGCCGUCUGGCCGCCUCCUUCAGCUCGCAUUCUGAAAAACUGCAAAUGACGGUGCCAGACAGGGUGGUGAGUGAUGAGGAUUUCGACGCGCAGGCAGAGCAGGUCACUUAUAUCAUCGAUAUCAAUAAGAAGAGUUACACUCUCCACCUUAAAAAACAAUCACUUUUAGACCCAGGUUUCCUGGUGUAUUCAUACAAGUCAGGAACACUGCAUAUAGAGUCUUCCGUUCUGAAGGACCAUUGUUUUUAUGAAGGAUAUGCAGCAGAAAUUCCAAAAUCCGUUGUGGUACUAAGUACCUGUGCUGGACUCAGAGGAUUGUUACAGUUUGAGGAUGUCAGUUAUGUGAUCGAGCCAUUGGACUAUAUACCUACAUAUGUGCAUAUGCUUUAUCAGAUAAAGAAUAACAACAAGGCUCAUUCCUCUUUACCAGAAAGCUACCCUAUGAUUCUAUCUCCACGUCAGCCUUACAGAAUUCAUGUGAAACAAGAAAAACAAUCACUUGGUGCAGUCUUGACCAGGACUCUGAAAAUACAAAUCAUUAUGGAUAAAGGCUUGUAUGAGUAUAUGGGCUCUGAUAUGACAUUGGCUGCUGAAAAAGUUGUUUUUAUCUUUCAUCUUAUGAACACUAUGUUUUCUCAGCUUAAAAUGAAGAUUUUUUUAUCUUCUUUGGAGGCUUGGUCAGAUCAAAAUAAGAUUUCAACUAACGGGAAUGCUGAUGAUGUGCUACAAAGAUUUUUGACAUGGAAACAAAAAGUUUUGUUUCAGAGGUCCCACGAUAUGGCAUAUCUAUUAAUUUACAGGGACCAUCCUGAUUAUGCGGGAGCAACAUAUCACGGAAUGGCCUGUGAUCCAAAGUUUUCUGCAGGAAUUGCCUUGUAUCCAAAGAUGAUAACUAUAGAGGCAUUUUCAGUUGUUCUGGUGCAGUUGCUUGGGAUUAAUCUGGGAUUAACAUAUGAUAACAUCUAUAACUGUGACUGUCCAGGGACUACAUGCAUAAUGAAUCCUGAAGCAAU